UACCCUCACCCCUUUAGGCUCUGGUUUCCUUCCGGCUUUGUGAUCGGCUUUUCCGAUUCGGUUCUAGGGACAGGGGGUGAUUUCCGUCCGGUGAGGUUUGUCGGGCGCUGGGCGGAUGCGUUUUGUGAUGAGCGAGAAAAUUUUCUUGGUAAACCAUUUUACGCGUUGUAGAUCAGUACAGCACCAGCUUCCGUUUGAGUACUGCAUAGCAGCAGUUGGUGGCGCAGAUAAGCAAAACUGGUUCGAAUUGCGUGUUUGCACAGUAUCAGGGUGUUGAGUUUGUUUAAUUUCUGCAAUACAAGCGUUUUACGCAAAGAGUAUCGUACAUAAACCCCCUUUUUGAUAGGUGCCACGCUAGCGAACCGGCUAACAAUAAAGAAAUAUGGAUCAGAUUGUGAAAACCCGCGAUGUGGAAAAGUUUGUAUCGGAAACGAAGUACUUCCUGGACGAGUUUGAUUCCAUCAUUAGCCACUGGGACCUGUCGGGGAACUUCUUUCUGCACUAUCUGAUUGAAAUCCACGAGAACGUGACACAGCUGCUGUCCAGGUUUACUACCCUUUCCCUCGAGGGUGUCGGUGACCGGAAGAGCAAACCCUUCUUCAAUCUGAAAUGCUGUGAGCUUGAAUUUCAAACCGUGAAAGAUCUGCGGCUGCAUCAUCACUCUUGCCGACAUAAGAAGUCGCAUUUUGAAGAAACGGAUAACUGCGAGCUGAAAUCUGCCCUGCUUAAACUGGCAUUUUUCAAUCGGAGGGUCAACGAGUACGUACAGUACGGUACGAUCGCCGAUCGCUAUCUGUGUUUGUAUCUAAAGAAGAUCCUGAAAAAGAUCAUCAUCACGCUGGACACGUUCAAUCUGUAGGAAGGAUAACGUACGCCAGUGAGCAACCGAGGAGUGCACCGACAUUUGUGUAGCCUUUAAGAAAAUGUGUGUUUAAAUGUGUAAUUUAAUUAUUUGAUAAGUCAAUGUUAUUACUUAGCGAUCAACACAAUCCACCAAACAGGGGUAACGGUAAGAAUGGUGUAUGCUGUACAUGUUAGACGACAUGUUUACAUGUUUCGAAUAAAUAAAACGAUUUAAAACUAA